AUGUACACCAAGGUCGUAGUAUUCUUGUGCGCGGCGAGCCUCGCCUCCGCUGGCCACCUCCUCGAGGCUGCAGCCCCUGUGGCAUACAGCUCAGCGCCCGCCGUCUCCUCCGUGUCGUUCUCCUCUCACACCUCGCACGCUCCCGUCGCCACAUACGCCGCCGCUCCCGUCGUCGCCAAGGCCUACGCCGCCCCCGCCUACGCCACCUACGAAGCUGCUCCCGUCGUAGCUAAGAGCUACGCCGCUCCCGCCUACACUACCUACGCUGCUGCCCCCGUUGUAACUAAGAGCUACGCUGCUCCCGCUGUAGAGGCCUACUCUGCUCCAGUGUACGCCAAGUCCAUUGCGCCAGCUGUCUCUUACUCCUCAUACUCCAGCCACUCUGCUCCUCUGACCUACGCCGCGGCUGCUCCCGUCGUCACCAAGACCUACGCCACUCCUGCUUACACCACAUACGCCGCCGCUCCCGUUGUAGCUAAGGCUGUUGCCCCAGCAGUGUCUUACUCUUCUUACUCGGCUCACUCAGCACCUGUGGCCUACGCUGCCGCUCCCGUCGUUGCUAAGACCUACGCCGCCCCCGCUGUCACCACCUACGCCGCCGCUCCCGUGGUAGCUAAGGCCUACGCCGCCCCAGCAGUCGCCACUUACGCCGCUGCUCCCGUCCUGAAAUCCGCUGUAACCUAUUCUGCUGCACCUGCUGUUUCCCACGUCACUUACGCUGGUUUGGGAGCCAACUACGGAUGGUAA